AUGGACUCUUUCACCUCUGCCCAACCCAGCAAGGCUGGAAAGAUCAUCAACAACAAGCGCAAGGCUUCUCCUGAGAGUACGGUCGCUGAAGGCCGUCCCACCAAGGUCGCGAAGCUUGAUGAGCUGUCCAACGACAGCACCAGCAAGCCGGCUCCUGUCACCAAGCGCACCAUCAAGGACACCGGCAAGAGUGCCAACAAGAUCGCCACCAACGGCGUCAGCCAGAGCGCCAACAGAAAACGUAACGAAGUUCCGACCAUCAACAAGGUCAACGUUACGCCUCCCAGCAAGAAGCGCAAGCGGAUUUUGGACAUCAAGAAAGACGCUGAGCCACAGGUCUCAGCGCCCAAGAGACUCAAGCAAACCUCUGCCGCCGACCAAUCUGGCAAGAAGCACUCCAACCAAGAGAACGUCAAUCCAAAGACGGGCUCUGUUCGAGGUCGAGAAUCUCAGACGCCCGUGCCGUCUAAGCCGAGCAAGCCGCUGGGUUCCAGUGCCCGUCGUACUGGCAGCAACCAGAUCUCCUCGAAGUCCGAUGUUCAGAAGAAGAUUGAGGAGAGAGACGCCGCCCGCGAACGUGAGGUCAAAACCAAGACGAACGCCGCAAUACUGGAAGCGCUGAGAGCGGAAGCCAACAAGAAAGCGCGUAUCGCAAAGAAGCAGAGACUGGCUGAUGCUAAAGAGCGAGAGGAGCAGGAGGAACGCGCUGAGGCUCGCAGACAGCGCUGGGCGGACAUCGAAGGGGUCCUGAAGGCCUGCGGCGUGACCGACGAGCGCGAGUUCAACAAGUUGAUCAAAUGGAUCGAGUCAACGUGCUCGACAUACCACUUCGGCGACUUUCUUGACUUCCAUAAGCUUCAGCAGAAGCGAUUCAUCAAGAAAUUCAAGCUUAGUCAUCCCAACCGAGGCCUGGAUGUGUGGCUUGUGCCUUUCAAGACUGUGCGUCAAUGGGAGGCUAGCGGUACGUACGUUGAGGAGUGCAUCAAGCGCCGGGACCGAUACCUGAAGGGUGAGCCGCCUGUCGACGGCCCAGCGGCUAUUGAGUCAUGGGUCACGGAAUCAGAGACCGCCGAGCCAGAGACCACCGAGCCAGAGACCACCGAGCCAGAGACCACCGAGCCAGAGACCACCGAGCCAAAAACCACCAAGUCAGAGACCGCUGAGCCAGCUCGGAAGCGAAAGAGAGACUCAGAUGAUGAGGAGACCACAACAGAUGAACCCAAAUCCAACAAGUCCAAGGCUGGUACAGCGGGAGAAUCCGGAAGCGAGUCUGCUGGAACAGAGAGCGGUUGGGAAACAUUGGCGAGGCUUCAGAAGGCGAAACGCAAGACAUUGCCAGAGCUGUUCGCCUUCCACGGAAUCCCUGCUCUCGCCACUGUCAAGAACGAGAGAUCCAACUAUGGCAUGGUUCUGUUCGCCUACGACAAGGACGACGCAAAUCUCAGUCCAAGAGGGAUUGGUGACGAGAUGAAGGCGUACGUGUGGAGAAAGCUCGAAAUGGCUCUUGGCUGCGAAGUUGGUUGCCUUGAGGGUCGGAAUGACAUUCUCAACAACCUCGUCACCACUGCGACCGAAGUCAGUGACACGGUAACGGAAGCUGAUGUUGCAAAUGCCCUUGCUGUGCGCAAGCUGAAGCAGGCGAUUAGCUACCGCUAUGGCUGGGGUGAUCUCGAAGGACAGGCGGAUGAGUACUUCUGGGACCGAUUCAACGACCUGGAGUAUGUUAUUCCUCCGGAGAUUCUCAAGCACCUGUCCUGA